AUGGAGAAACUGCCACUAAAGGUCCGCGUCGCCAUCCGCGACCUCUGGGAGCCGACGACGUCGCCUGCCUUCAGGCGUCUCAUGGAUGUUCUGGGCACUGAGCCGACGAUAGAUCCCGAGUGGGCCAUGCUCCACGCAGCGCUCGGGGGCGUGUUCAACGACGAUACGCGGUUCGUGCAGCAGACCGCCGUCCUUGUGGCGGCGUGGGCUGAUGCCGCCUGUCGUAUAUGCCAUGAUGAGCUGCUGGGCGAGGCGUUGGCGGACAAGAUUGAGGGAAAGCAAUUACGCCUGUUUCUGAAUGUAUCGCCCACCGCCAAGCCCGCCGUCGAGUGGAGCAAGCAGGCCGGCGGGUUCGUCAUUUCCAUACCGUCGGUUGUGCUCGCCAACGACAACUGUAGGGAGUACUUUGAAGGAGCGAUUCGCGAGAUCCUCCAAGAUAAACCUACCAAAGUUGUCCCGCCGACCAGGCUACAAGAUUCUGCGCCGGCAAAGGAAAGUGAUGACUGGGAGACUGUGCAUGUCGGCACAUUUCCACGCGCCUCUUUUCCUAAACCCGAGCGCCUGCCACUCGUCGGUGCCCUCCCUCGCCCAGACGACCUCCUCCUCCGCCCACCCUACAAUCUGCGAGUCCAGUCUUCGCGGCAUAUGGUGAUUGUCGAAGCCUCACACUCGCCAACACUGCAACUCCUACACGACUACUUGUCACAGUGGUGCCGGGUUAACCACAACCGCACCGAUGAGCCACCUCUGAUCGAGAUCACACUACACCAAUCGCCCUUCGCCUUGGGACAGACAUAUGACCGCCUGGAACUGGAGGGCGGAAAGCAGCUCAGUUUCGUACUGCCUACCGCGAGUAUCGUGCUCCACAUUGUCGAGGGGGUGUUGGGGUACGAAAGGGUCGACAGUACGGCCGCGAGUUGGCUGUUCUGCCGCACCGAACCGUUCCGCUCCUAA